CUCCUGCUCUGGAGGAGCAGAAGUUGUCGGAGGGAUGUGAGUGCGAUGAUGCAGCUGAAGAGCGGGGAUGCGGCGUACUAUCACAGCGCAGAAUACUGCAGGAAUUACACCUCACCGCCCACCAUCAGCUACGGUCACUGCAGCCAUUACCUGCCCCGGCUACCAGGGCCUGAGAACAUGUUGAAGCCGCCCCUGAGUCUCUUCAGCCACCCCCAGCAUCCUUUCCACCACAUGGACUGCCUGCACCAGCUGGGGCCUCCACCUAUGGCACCUACGCAGCCACUCGGCCCACCACCCAUGGCCCCGGCUCAGGCAAUUGGACUCCCAACUAUGGUCCCCUCCCAGAAUCUAGGGCCCCCUCCCAUAAGUGCUACUCACCCAUUAAGGCCUCCCCAUAUUACCCCACCACACAACUUAGGCCCCCCUCCAAUGGUGCCAGCUCAGCCUUUGGGACCUCCACCCUUGCCACACACCAUGGGGCCCCCACAUCUAGAUCACCCACAAGCGAUAGUGCCUCUAACCAUGGACCUCACGCAGCCAUUAGGGCCUCCCCCUAUGAACCAUGCACAAGCGCUGGUGCCACCACCUGUAGUGGUACCCGGAGCUGGCAGAUUCCCCCUCCCUCCCAGCCCUCUGUUGUCCCCUCCUGCUCCAGGCCCUGAUCCCUCACAGCUGCCCCCCCGGCCCCCAGGUCCAGCCCUCAUCCCAUCCGGCCUCAUCCCCUGUCAUCUCCCUGGUCAGGCAGCCCCAGCCAGCGAGCAGCUGCAGGACCAGGGCUCUCCGCUGGGGAUGGAGGAGCAGGAGGACAUGGGGCUGGAGGAACUGUGCAAACCGCUGUACUGUAAACUCUGCAAUGUUACACUGAACUCCGCUCAGCAGGCGCAGGCUCACUACCAGGGGAAGAACCACAGUAAAAAGUUGAGGAAUUUCUACGCUGGCAGUCAACAGCCACCAGCCAUCAGGAUCCCAGAAGUCCUUGAUGCAGCGGGUCAACCAGCCCUCAACUCAGGAUCCACAGACAGUGACACAGGCCGACAGGCCUUGUACAAGGGGGCGACUCGGGUCAUCUUGGCCACAGAGAACGACUACUGUAAGCUGUGCGAUGCCUCCUUCAGCUCACCGGCGGUUGCACAGGCUCACUACCAGGGCAAGAACCACGCCAAGAAGCUAAGGCUCGCUGAGGCCCAGCAAAAUUCCACUAACAUGGAAGUCAGCAAUGAGGCGGCCGCAAGAAGAAACAGGAAAGAUGGCAGCGAUUACAAACUGGUGAAAAACCGCCGCAGCCCACAGCUACCGGCCACCAUGCCAGGGCCGUACUACAACCCCAGGCCGAGGCAGCGCAUCCCCAGGGACUUGGCCAUGUGUGUGACUCCCAGCGGACAGUUCUACUGCUCCAUGUGCAACUGUGGUGCCGAGCAGGAGGCGGACUUCAGGCAGCAUCUGGAGAGCAAGCAGCACAAGGCUAAAGUGUCAGAGUUAAGAUACCGCCACGAGAUGGAGAACCUCGGCUACAGCUAAGGGACACGUGAUGAGAGGGGGGUGAGAGAAGGGACAGAACGGGUGCAGGAGGCAAAUACUGACCUGUGUUUAAGGGGUAAUACUGAGUGAAGGGACCAGUAGUGAAGGGACCAGCCCAAAUGGCCUCAAGAGCUUGUUGUAGUUCAUUUGAUUUAUGGAUCAGAAACUUGACCUAAUGCUCAAACACACAAAGCUUUAAUUGACUUUGGACAUUUUGAAAAUCAGCCUUUAGAAAAAAACCAGGCUGCAGGACAAUGGUGAAA